AUGUUUUUGAAAAAAGCUCUCUUCACUGCUGGAUUUGCUGCUGCUGCUACAGAUAGUGUCACCUUUGGAAUUACACUCGACGGACACACACCUCUUUGCUUGAAAUAUCAGCCACCAAACGAGGCCUUCGAUUUCGACGACUCAUUCCUGGUGCCACUUCUUUACGAAGAUCGAUCCUCGCUCUCCUUGUUCGCUAAUAUUCAGAUGGAUGAAGAUGAAGAAAAUCUUUCUGUCAACCAAGUUCUCUUCUAUUCACCUUCUGGUCACGUGUUCGACCUUUCUCUUGAAGACCUCAAGAUCCCAGAAGGUGGAUCUGAACGAAAAGACGGCAAGCUCGAUUUCGACGGUCUCAUUGCCGACAUCAACACCAACCGAAACCUCUACAUCUUCAAAACAGAAACUGGCCUGGUAACCCGCGUGCAACACUUCGGCGAAGACGGCUACCACGUGCAAAUUGCGCUGGACAAGCUCGACGACAAGGUGCGCGGACUUUUCGGAAACUUCCACGCCGGAACGACAUACAAAGUCAAGGCUGAGGCAAAGAACGGAAAGAAGCACAAAAACGGUGAAUUCGCUACUGUCACUAUCAACAAUGAAGAUUCUUCAGAAGAUUUCUCUGCUGUAUACGACGACAACAAGGCUUGCUGGAUGAUCGAAGACAGUCACUCGGACAUUCUUCUCCCGGCCUCAGAAGCUAACCUCAUGCUCUGA